AUGAAUUAAUGUCAAUCUUUUCGAAUUUACAUUAAAACUUCUGACUGGAAUAAUUACUUCAAGUUCAAGAGUGCAAGUCAUCAAGAAGAAUUUCAGGUAGCUUCCAACAAAAAAAGAUAUUUUGUUCGAUCAUUGUAAUUAAUUAAUUGAGAUAUUUUAAUUUCAAUAAUUGUGUUUUGUAUAUAAAAAUAAUUCAAGAUUAAAGAAGACAUUUACUUCUUCCAUCAACAUCUUAAUGAGACACAAAAACUAAUUUUAGUUGAAGAAUGGAAAAACUUAGAGUAUUUAUUCGACUGAAUCAACAAUUCAAACACCUUCUAGAUAGUUGUCACCUAAAUCACCAUAGAUUUGGACCUCAUCUGCUUUAUCAUACUCAAGUAUUCUUCAUCAAAUUAUUUAAUAGAUCUUCCAAUCUAAUCUGAUGUACAAUAUCAAGCAAAAAUUAAGGAGCUUUUAGAAGAAAAUUAAAAGUUGGUUCAGAAAAGCUCUGCUCAAGAUUUAAUCAUUAAUAAAUUGUAGCAGAUGGAAGAAUAGGAACCAAUACGAUCAAGCAGAGUUAAUACUUUAAAUAAUGCACGAUAUAAUGACAAGAAAUAAAUGAUGAAAAUUUAAAAACCUAUUUACACAAGAGAAAGAGAGAGCAAAGAUGAUAAAAUGCUAUUUACUUUCUUUAGUCCAGAACCAAAUUAGAAAACUAGUGUAUGUAAACUUCCAAAAGUGUUUUAAGUGAUGCCGAAAAAAAGAAAAUAUUUUAUCUGA